CUUUGGAAGAGGGCCCUAUAGCUGAAUAAUAAACAAAAGAGAACAUCUAUAAAGCGCCUGUUCCAUUACUGUGUUCUUGUAAUCCAACACAAUGCCUCCAAAGUUUAAGCGGCACCUUAAGGAUGAAGAAGUAACAGGAUCAGUUAAAAGUGAAAGACGGAAUUUGUUAGAAGGGGACUCUGAUGAGGAGGAAGAUUUUUUUCUGAGGGGACCUUCUGCACCUAAGUUUGGACCAAGGAAUGACAAGAUCAGACAUGUACAGAACCAGGUGGAUGAAGUGAUUGAUGUUAUGCAAGAGAACAUCACUAAGGUGAUAGAACGAGGAGAGAGAUUGGAUGAGUUACAAGACAAGUCAGAAAGUCUGUCAGAUAACGCCACAGCUUUCAGUAGCAGAGCAAAACAUCUCAGAAGACAAAUGUGGUGGCGGGAAUGUAAGAUGAAAGCCAUAGUGGCCUCGGUUUUCAUUCUCAUCCUGCUAGUGAUCAUUGUCCCGAUCAUCCUGAAGUAUCGGUCCUAACCAGCUGGAUCCAAGCCAUGGUUCAGAGGGAUACCUAGGACUUCUGAUCUUGGGAUCAACUGUACAGAACUGUAUUAUUUUGUUUCCUUCUACUUCUAACCUGUACAUUCCUUUCUCCAAACAAAAGGACCAGUUUAUCAUUCCCUUUGGACAUUCAAAGCAGACCUAACUCAUUGUUAAUGACAAAGAGCUGGAGGCCUUAUAAGCCUGUAAUUUAUUGAUUGUCUUUUUAGUUAGUUAACUCAUCAUUCUAAAUUGAAUUAGGACUUGUUCAGAAUGCACAUUUGCCUUGGUGCACCAGUAUUUCUCGUUGACCUUUCUGAUAUACAGUAUGUAAAGUCUAAAACUAAAAUAGCAUUACAUCAGAAACUUUA